AUGACUCAAUAUGUUGAACAAAGUAUUAUUGAACACAUUGAUAAAUUUCCAAAAUAUAAGUCCCAUUACUAUAGAGCGCAGACAGACAGGAUGUAUUUACCACCGGAUAUGACUUUGUCGAAAAUGUACGAUUUAUAUUUAUCGGAUGCAAGCUCUGAUGAAUCAAGAAAGACAGUUUCAUUUGCAUCGUAUAAAAGAAUAUUCUGUACCAAAUUUAAUAUACAAAGGAAAAAGCCUCAGAAAGACACGUGUAAUAAGUGCGACCUAUUAGCAGUAAAAAUAAGAGAUACCACUUCACAAGAAACCAAAUUAAAUUUAGAGAAGGAAAGACAGCAGCACCAUAAAGAAGCUGAAGACGCACGUGCAAUGAAAAAACAAGAAAUCGCUUUGGCUAAGACUUAUGAUCAUAUUGAAACUCUGACUUUUGAUAUGGAAAAGACGCUCCCAAUGCCAAGAAUUCCAACCAACGUAGUGUUUUACAAGCGCCAACUGUGGCUAUACAACUGCGAUGUGCAUCCAGGAAAAACCGGUAAAGGGUUUUGUUACGUCUGGGUGGAAGGGAAAGCAGGCACGGGAGCACAAGAAGUAGGAUCCACUUUACGCAAACAUAUAUCUUUAAAUCUAGAUUCAAAAGUCAAAGAACUCAUUCUGUGGUUAGACUCUUGUGGUAGUCAGGACCGAAAUAUUAAGUUGACUCUGCUACUAUUUGUAGUAUUAUAA